AUGACAGCCGUGAUUAUACUUUUUUGGAACUAUAUUUUACAGGCUCCCCUAUCUAAUUUCGCAGAAAAUAAUUCGGUUGAGUUUGGUAAAUAUUGGCUAAUUGAGCAUUUAGAUGAACAGUUAGGUAAAGCGAAAUUUCAUCUUUUUGAGCAGGUGGCAAUAUGUAAUCUUCUGAAUAGGACCCUUAUAUUACCAAACGUGGAGAACUCAGAAAUAGGAUUACGCUUGAGACACUCGUUCGAUUACUAUUAUCAACCGGACAGUCUGACACAUAUUACUCGUGCGCUGUCAAGUGUAGAAUUCACCAAUCGUAUAAAGGAAACUACCAGAAAAAAGGAAUUAAAAGCUGUGUUGGUGUUUAUUGGUCACUAUAGUUGCCCUAGUGGCAAUUCUUCCUGGGAUAAUGUUCACAGUGCUAUUUUCAAGCAUUUGUCAAGAAAAUUUAUUGUUAUAAAACUGCGUCCGUUGUGCUUUUUAACUUCUUAUGGAUGGAACCCACCUGUUCUACCCGAUGCAAUUGUGAGUCGCCUUGCUGCCUCAUAUUAUGAUACAGAUAUUGUUGUAGCAAUUAAACAAUCUGCACUUUUCUUAAUGGAUCCGAACAAACUACCUGUUCAUGUUCUGAAGCAUAAUCAAACGUUGAUUGAUAUGGCAGAGAAAUUUUCUGAAGCUCGUUCCCCGUAUUUAGCCAUCCAUUGGAGAAUGGAAGGUGGUGAUGAAAACGGAGUAGUGUGUGCACAUACACUACUUAAAACUGUUACAACCAUCAGAAAUACAUCUCAAUUCAAAAACAUUUACUUUGCAACUGAUCAUCGUUUACCAUCAGAGAGAUUGUUAUCAAACUCCUAUGAAAAUAGCCGCGCUGAUCAAACCUCUGGUUAUUGGCAAGUCAUGGAAACACUAAAGCCACUAACAUUCAGAAACGUCUCGUCCUUUUUGUCUUUGACGGAUUCGGGAGCCCUCUCUAUUGUGGAAAAGCUCGUUUGCCUAAAAUCUGACUUCUUUCUUCCAGGUUACGUUCCAUGCGAUCGAAAUGGUGCUUUUGGACGAGAAAUGGUUAGAAUUCGUCAAAUGGUUUCAAGGAAACCAUGGUUAUACUGGAGUGAUCCCUUGCAAACCUACGAACCGGAGAAGUUCCAUCCAUCAUAA